GAUCCCAAUGACCUUUUGCAACCAGACGACGGCCUCAGAAGCUUGAUUCUUCAGCUCUCCCCUCCUCUUCCCUCCUCUCCUUCCCAAAUCCCAGAUCCAUCAUGGCGGAACUGAAGUCCUACUCCGCCGCCGAGAUCUCGCUCCAUACCACCAAGCAAUCCUGCUGGUUGUCGAUCGGUGGCAAGGUAUACGAUGUGACUACCUUCAUGGAAGAGCAUCCUGGUGGAGAGGAUGUUAUGCUUCAUGCAUCAGCUUCUGGAGAUGCCACCCAAGCAUUUGAAGAAGUUGGUCACAGCAGCUCUGCCAUUAGCUCAAUGAAGAACUACCUUAUCGGCACCGUUGAAGAUCAUGUUUCAGAUGACCACAGGCCUCCGAAACCGACCGCCACUUCACAUAGAGAACCACCACCACCAUCCUACAGCUUAUCCGACUACUUCCUUCCUCUGCUGGUCCUCGCGGUCGCCUCUGCGGCAUGGUAUUACCUCACCUUCUAUUCCAAGACCAACGCUUAAUGGCCAUCCAACUGGAAGACUUCACUUUGGCUACUUAUCCUUUAUAUUUGGUUGAGCAUAAUUGAAUUAUAUGGAGAGUAAAGAAUCUUGAUGAUGCAAUUGAUUUGGUUCAUCAAGUGUUCUGUUUCUAAAGAUGUGUUUGAAGCAGUGAAUGCUUUAUAUUCCAAAAAUGAAUAAAUCAUGUUUCUCUUGUU